GUGCAAUAUUUUCGCUCUUUCUGCGAACGGUCACCCUAAAUAAAUAAAUGACAAUUUCAAGCGUAAAAUAAACCCUAAAAAGUCGAUGAAACACUCGAUUUGUGAAUUGUGCACCCACCAGUGAGUGGGCAAAGUGCGGUAGCCGACGAGACCGCCGCCAGGAGCUUCUGAUCCCACCCAGGAGUGGAUCAAGGGCCGACAAACGGGCCGAGGGAGUACAGCAACAAUUGUUAUUUUUCACCCGUCGAUUUUCAGGGGGAGGGGGCUACGGACAUCAGCUCCUUCGGUUUCUAAUUAAAUUAAAAAAAGGGGGAGAGGCAAUAAUACACCAAACGGUUCAAUAUAAUCGAACACAAGCCAGCUUAGCAAUGGUCUUCAUCCGGGAUCCCUGUGGCAUCGCCUGCCUGGUGGUCACCUACGGAGCAGUUCUGUAUGCGGACUAUGUGGUCAUCCGCUGGAUUAUCCUUACCACGAUGCCGGGCAGCCUCUGGAUGUCCUUCCAUGUGGUCCUCUUCAACACCGUCGUCUUCCUGCUGGCCAUGUCCCACUUCAAGGCCGUGUUUUCCGAUCCGGGCACCGUGCCACUCCCCGCCAACCGACUGGACUUCUCUGACCUGCACACCACCAACAAGAACAAUCCGCCGGGAAAUGGCCACAGCAGCGAGUGGACCGUGUGCACCCGCUGCGAAACGUACAGGCCGCCGCGGGCCCACCACUGUCGCAUCUGCAAGCGAUGCAUCCGGCGGAUGGAUCAUCAUUGCCCCUGGAUCAACAACUGCGUGGGCGAGCGCAACCAGAAGUACUUCCUGCAGUUCCUUAUCUACGUGGCCCUGCUCUCCCUCUACUCCAUCGCCCUCAUCGUCGGCUCGUGGGUGUGGCCCUGCGAGGAGUGUAGCCAGAACGUGAUCGAAACCCAGUUGCGAAUGAUUCACUCGGUUAUCCUGAUGCUGGUGUCGGCUCUGUUCGGGCUCUUCGUGACGGCCAUUAUGGUGGACCAGCUGCAUGCGAUUCUGUACGACGAGACGGCCGUGGAGGCGAUACAGCAGAAGGGCACCUACCGGCCCAACCGGCGCAAGUACCAGCUCCUGGCGGAUGUCUUCGGACGCGGACAUCCGGCGCUGUGGCUGCUGCCUUGCACCAGCCUGAAUCACUCCUCGCGGUACCAUGAUACGCCUCUUCUGAGCCACGAGGUCUAGGGCCCGGAAAUAUUCUUUAUAUUUUGUCCCUGUGUUUAUUGUGCGGGUAAAACUGCCCGAGAGUGUUUUUAGUUUUUAAUUAUUGUGUGAUUUUCUUUUAAUCAGCCUCAACACCCCACCCACAGCCAGUCAAAUUGAUUCGUAUUUCGUAUUGUGUAUUAUAUGCAGAUUCCAACUUAAUUUAUGCUUUAGUUUAUAAUCGUUUGAAAUUAUAAAUAUAAAGGAAGCAGCCACGAGGGAAGAAAGAGCAUACUCAAAA